GCGCAGCUGUGCACCGCCAUAGCGCCCCCAUAUUUCCCACCUCGCGUGGCGCCGAAUACGCCACUCGUUUUUCCUCCAGUCCACCAACAUCCACGCUCCAGCAUCAUUGCAUGAGAAACCCCCCGUCUAUCGCCAAGAUCCCAUGCGAGCCUGUUAACUUGGUUUGACUUCUUUCGGUGCUACGCCACCCCCGCUGAACAAGCUUGAUUCACGAUUCCUGCGAGCAUUUCGCCAGGCGCUGACUGGCCCGUCAAGGGCACAUCACCAGUGCCAUGCUUGCCAGGCACGAAAAGCAGGGACAGGGACAUGGCGGAUGACGUCCCCAAGUGAGGGGAGCCUUCAUCAACUUCUCGCACCGCACCAUAUGGCAUUCAUGGCAACAAAGUAGGAUACUGGUGGCGAUCUUCCGCGCCGCUGGCAACCCACCAUUGGCCAUCAUUUCUGUGCUCCGCUGCCAGCCACACCUCAGCCAUGCCUACAGUACGCCGGUGUUGCGUCUGGCUUGUAUGUAGGACAGACCUGGCAAGCCUGGCAAGCCUGGCACGCCUGGGUUUCCAAGAGGAGGGGAUGACGGCGGCAGCAGGCGAAAAAUGGCAGGCGUUAACUUCCCUUACCUUGUAAUGGGAUGAUCAGCCAGGAACGCUAUCCGUGGCCCGUCGCUGCUACCUAAGCACGCCAAACAUCAAGGAUCUUGGUUAUGGCUCGGCCUAUCCCACCGCAAGAAGCUGAACAUCACCUGCUUCUCUCGCCCAUAAUUCGAUGUUGGGGCCUCCAGAGUACCGGGAAGGAUUGCGAUGCCAGAGGGGGUCCCCUGGCAUGUAUAAACUGAGCAUACCCGCGACCUUUAACAACCCACUACCGUCCGCCCUUCCGUUCUGCGCAUUUCGUGUUAUGCUCCAUUGCUCUCGAUAAACCCCUUCGUGGCAAUAAUCAUGGGACAGAAGCCUAGCAGCCCGUUGGCGACUUGUCUCGACAACGUCUGCAAUGGUCGCUCCUCUUGCGUUGGAUAUCCAAACGACCCUCUCUUCCAGCUCAACUGGGUGAAGCCGUACAAUCUCGAUAUCCCAGUGGAGCCCAUCGCUGUCACAAAACCGUCAACAACGGAAGAUGUCGCCGGCUUCGUCAAAUGCGCUGCAGAUAACAAUGUCAAGGUGCAAGCCAAGUCGGGAGGCCACUCGUAUGCCAACUUUGGCGUUGGUGGCACCGACGGCGCUCUCGUCAUUGACUUGGCAAACUUUCAAAACUUCUCCAUGGACACGAACACUUGGCAGGCAACUAUCGGCGGAGGUCACAAGCUGCACGACGUGACGGAAAAAUUGCACGACAACGGGAAGAGAGCCAUGGCUCACGGCACGUGUCCCGGUGUAGGCAUCGGAGGCCAUGCCACAAUUGGCGGUCUCGGCCCCAGCUCACGAAUGUGGGGAAGCUGUCUAGAUCACGUCGUCGAAGUCGAGGUGGUCACCGCAGACGGCAAGAUCCAGCGAGCAAGCGAGAGCCAGAACUCGGACCUCUUCUUUGCCCUCAAGGGCGCCGGCGCCGGCUUCGGCGUCAUCACCGAAUUCGUUAUGCGGACCCACCCGGAGCCCGGCGAUGUGGUACAAUACUCGUACGCCAUCACGUUCGCCAAGCACCGCGAUCUCGCACCUGUCUUCAAGCAAUGGCAAGACCUCAUCUCUGACCCGGAGCUGGACCGUCGGUUCAGCAGCGAGUUUGUGAUGCAGGAGCUCGGCGUCGCCAUCACGGCUACAUUCUACGGUACAGAAGAUGAGUUCAAGAAGACGGGCAUCCCAGAUCGCAUCCCCGAGGGCAAGGUGUCCGUGGUAGUAAAUGACUGGCUCGGCGACGUUGCUCAAAAGGCACAAGACGCGGCGCUCUGGCUGAGUGACAUCCAGUCACCCUUCACCUCCAAAAGUCUCGCCUUUACACGCAACGACCUCCUCAGCGAAGAUGGCAUUCAAGGAAUGAUGGACUAUGUGGAUGGUGCCGACCGCGGUACCUUGAUUUGGUUCCUCAUCUUUGACGUCACCGGCGGCGCAAUCAACGAUGUGCCCAUGAACGCUACCGCCUACCGUCAUCGCGACAAGGUCAUGUUCUUCCAGGGCUACGGUGUCGGCAUCCCGACUUUGAGCAGCAAGACCAAAGACUUCAUGGCUGGGGUCGCCGACAAGAUCCGGAAAGCGAGUCCGAACGAGUUGAGUACGUAUGCUGGGUAUGUCGACCCGACGCUCGACAACGCGCAAGAGAGGUACUGGGGAACCAAUCUCCCAACGCUGGAGCGCAUUAAAGCGACGUGGGAUCCCAAGGAUCUGUUCUCGAAUCCCCAGAGCGUGCGACCCAACGCGAGCGCUCAGAUUGUCGCGCCUACGACUAGUGGUGGUUCGAAUGGCUCCAAUAACAGCGAUUCGACAGGUGGUGGCAGCUAGGAAGGGGCCGGGAGCACCCGGCAUCUACCUGGUCUUACGGGACUUGCAUUCACGAC